UUCGGGAAGAUCGAGGGUGGGAAACAUGCGGCAGGGCAGUGCAGGGCAAAGGAUUCCUUCACCCGCUUCCCUUCCCUGCUCGAAACAGACAUUGAAGAACAUCUGAGAACGCCAAUGACUGUCAAAAUCAAGAACAAGCUCUCGCAGGCGGCAAACGAGAGACACUCGACAACGGAAGGAAACAAAAUCCACAUAGCCCCAAACACUGCCACCACCACUAAUCCUCCGCCAAUAAUCCACACUCCUCCAAAAAGAUAUUAUCCACUCUCUCAUCCCCUUCAACAGUCCCAUCAUCAUCCCCUUCAAAUCACACAACCACUGGUUAAUUCCUCUUACAUGGAGCAAAUCCUGCAAUGGCAUGACGAACCCAUAAAGACCCAGUAGCAGAUCGAGCUGAAAGGGGAGGAUUCAUUUUAUAGUUCACGCGCAUGGUGACGUGCUGCUUCUUCACGCGCCACCUGGCGGUCGACGUCUUCGACAUGAACGGGUCGCCUCCGGCGGCCGCCCAUUAUUGCCCCCGGGUGCUGAGUCUGCACUCGGGUCGGAUUCUCGGGUACGGGUCCCUGGUUUCUCCCAGCAAGCGCAUCAGGUUCGUGGUUAGCGCGGAGAUUUCGAAGCCCUUCUCCCCCAACUUCCGGCUGGACUCUCAGAAAUUUGGCUACUCCCAUGAUGUAUCGCAGUCGCAGUCCCACUGGAUCGGGCCAGUCCCUGGGGACAUUGCGGAGGUCGAAGCCUACUGCCGUAUUUUCCGAGCAGCCGAAGGGCUUCAUGCUGCACUGAUGGAUACGCUCUGCAAUCCUUUCACUGGAGAAUGCACUGUUCCUUACGAUUAUCCCUCUGAGGAGAAACCAUUGCUGGAAGACAAGAUAGUGUCAGUCCUGGGAUGCAUAAUAUCUCUGUUGAACAAAGGGAGAGAGGAUGUUCUCUCAGGAAGAAUCUCCAUGGCAAACAACUCAUUCCACUUUGGAGACAUGAGCCUGAUGGAGGACAAUCUUCCCCCGCUCGCCAUUUUCAGGAAUGAGAUGAAACGGUGCUGUGAGAGCUUACACGUUGCCCUUGAAGACUUUUUAACACCUAGUGAUGAUGAUGAUCGGAACCUUGACGUGUGGAGAAAAUUGCAGAGACUGAAGAACGUAUGUUAUGAUACAGGCUUUGGCCGUGGUGAUGAGACUCCUCCUCAUGCACUGCUUGCUAAUUGGAGACCUGUCUACUUGUCCACAUCGAAGGAAGACAUGGCCAGUGAGGACUCCGAGGUUGCAUUCUGGAAGGGUGGACAGGUGACGGAAGAGGGCUUAGAAUGGCUGAUAAUGAAAGGGUUCAAGACUAUCGUAGAUCUCAGAGCAGAAUCAGUGAAGGAUAAAUUUUAUCAAGGGGUCCUAGAUGAGGCUAUUGCGCAUGGGAAGAUUGAGUUGUUCCGGCUCCCUGUGGAGGUGGGGACUGCUCCUACAAUGGAGCAGGUGGAUAAGUUUGCUGCAUUGGUGGCAGAUUGUAGGAAGAGGCCCUUGUAUCUCCACAGCAGGGAAGGAGUUUGGAGAACUUCUGCUAUGGUCUCCCGAUGGCGGCAGUACAUGAGUAGGCUUUCUAAUCAACUUGUCCCUACUUUGAUGGACUCAGAAGAAAAAGCUACUGCUCGGGUGGAUAAUUCAGUUGAAUCGUUGAUCGUAGAAGGUAGCUCGUCCCCAAGAGAAGAGGAAGAUCAAAUAAUGCUUAACGAAGUGGGCAGCUCGAAUGGGAUAUCUAGUGAGAAAGCUCCCUUGAAAGUUGAAACAGGAAAUGGAAGUGUUGGAGGAGGCCACAUUGGUAAUAGGUCUAGUGGAGGCAAUGAAGCUCUGGAGCCAAAUAGUAAUGUGGUGAGAUCUCAGAGGAGCUUCACAGACAUUGACCCUAUGAGAGCUCAGAUACCUCCACCCAAUGUUUUAUCCCGCAAGGAGAUGACAAGUUUCCUCAAAAGCAGAAGUAUCUCACCUCCCACUUAUUUCAGUUUUCACCGUAAACUUAUGGAAGCAACACUGAAGGGCAAAAACUCCACUCCUAAAUCACCAAUACAAUCUGUUGACGCAAGAAACUUUAAUGGAUCCCUCACAGCCAAGAAUCCGUCUCCAAAUCUGAAUGGAAAACCAGCUACCAAUGAUAAGAAGGAGGGGUAUGUCAAUGGGUUUAUUGAAAAGGAAAGGGUUGCUUCUGUCUCUACUAGUGCACCCAUCAAAGUAGACUAUGACAACGGUAAGAAUCUGGCCAAGGAAACUGUCCAGAAUCAGGAAAGAAACAGAGCAACCGCUUCUGUAGUUCUAGGUAAUGAUGGUUUUGAGCAAAUUGAAGGGAACAUGUGUGCUUCUGCAACUGGUGUUGUGAGAGUGCAAUCGAGAAAGAAAGCGGAGAUGUUUUUGGUCAGGACAGAUGGUUUCUCUUGCGCCCGGGAGAAGGUGACUGAGUCAUCCUUGGCCUUUACCCACCCUAGUACACAGCAGCAGAUGCUUAUGUGGAAAUCUACUCCAAAGACUGUUCUUUUGUUGAAAAAGAUCGGGCCUGAACUCAUGGAAGAAACUAAAGAGGUUGCUUCUUUCUUGUAUCACCAGGAGAAGAUGAAUGUUCUUGUUGAACCUGAGGUGCAUGAUAUCCUUGCUAGAAUCCCAGGAUUUGGAUUUAUCCAAACAUUUUAUAGUCAAGAUACAAGCGAUCUUCAUGAGAGGGUCGAUUUUGUGGCUUGUAUGGGAGGAGACGGUGUGAUAUUACAUGCAUCAAAUUUAUUCAGAGGCGCUGUCCCACCUGUGGUUUCAUUCAAUCUAGGGUCACUAGGAUUUCUCACUUCCCAUGCUUUUGAAGAUUACAGGAAGGAUUUGAGACAGGUCAUCCAUGGAAAUGAUACGGUAGAAGGUGUUUAUAUAACUCUCAGAAUGCGCCUCCGCUGUGAAAUCUUCCGAAAUGGUAAACCGAUGCCCGGGAAAGUAUUUGAUGUGCUGAAUGAGAUUGUGGUUGACCGAGGGUCCAAUCCUUACCUCUCCAAAAUAGAAUGCUAUGAGCAUGAGCGUCUUAUUACUAAGGUGCAAGGGGAUGGAGUCAUAGUAGCCACACCAACGGGCAGUACUGCUUACUCAACAGCUGCAGGAGGUUCUAUGGUGCACCCAAAUGUUCCAUGUAUGUUGUUUACCCCGAUCUGCCCACACUCCCUCUCUUUCAGACCCGUCAUUCUUCCUGAUUCUGCACGUCUCGAGUUGAAGAUUCCUGACAAUGCACGGAGCAAUGCGUGGGUCUCAUUUGAUGGGAAGAGAAGGCAGCAGCUGUCGAGGGGGGAUGCUGUCCGAAUAUCGAUGAGCCAGCACCCGCUUCCUACGGUCAACAAGUCUGACCAAACAGGGGACUGGUUCCACAGCUUGAUUCGUUGCCUGAAUUGGAACGAGAGGCUCGAUCAGAAAGCUCUAUGAGGACUCCGAGGCUUAUGUAAUUAUACUGUACAGACUGUAAAUUGAAAAGAUCACAGUAAAAUCUUCUAACCUAUAGGUGGUAUACGAAUAAUGAUUCUUGCGGAACCCCGUGAGUUACCCAUACAAGAGCUGGUGAAUUUGUUUUUCCUCAAUUUUUUCUUGGUUCUUGCGUGAAGAUUUGUAACUGAAUUACAUGGUACAUCUCGGUGGUGACGACGAAGAUUUCACCAUACAUAUAUAGUUCAUCACCCGCAGUGGUGACAGUGAACUCGA